AUGUGCUCAAAACAAUUAAUUCUCUUCAUUGUUACAUUCUUGCUAUGUUUGACAUUUGCUUUCGCUCAAGAAACUCAACAAGAUUCGAAUAAGCAAAGACCUCCAAGACCAAAUGGAUCAAUGCCACCUAGACCAAUGCCUUCUGGUGGAAUGCCUCCAAAGCCACAAGAUUCUCAUAUGCCACCAAGACCUACUCCUCAACAAUCUGGUCAAUUGCCACCAAGACCAAAACCUCAACAUUCUUCCAAGCCACCUAAGAAACAACAAGACGAAUCCCAACAAUCAAACACUGAAUCUGCUCAAGAUGAUAACAAUUCCAAUUUGGAUAACAAUGAAAGAGAAUCUCGUCAAAAUGAACGUGGAUUUCCAUUUGGAAUGAUUUUGGCAAUAAUUGGAGGAAUUGUCUUGACUUGUUCUACUUGUUUAAUUUGUGGAGCUUCUAUUACAUUUUGCAUUUUGAAGAAGAAGGGUUAUUCUAUUUCAUUACAAAAGAAAGAAUCUCAUCAACCAUUAAGAGAGGAAGAAGAAAUGCCAUCUCAAUUUAUGGCUCAAGUUCCAGUUGUGUAUAGCCAAACUCCAAUUGUUCAUUAUCCAAUUAUUCAACAACAACAACAUGUUUAA